AUGGGGCCGACGGAGACGCAGAGACACAUCGACUCCUCCAAGACCAUCCCAAGCCCGGGUCACUGUCCAGGGAACACCUUUUCCUGCCAGAACAGCCAGUGUGUGACCAAAGUGAACCCGGAGUGUGACGACCGAGUGGAUUGCUCCGAUGGAUCUGAUGAGGCCCACUGUGACUGCGGUCUACAGCCUGGCUGGAAGACAGCCGGCCGGAUCGUGGGCGGCAUGGAAGCGUCCCCCGGGGAGUUCCCGUGGCAAGUCAGCCUUCGAGAAAACAAUGAACACUUCUGUGGGGCUGCCAUCGUCGGGGCCCAGUGGCUGGUGUCUGCAGCCCACUGCUUCAACGAGUGAGCCCCACGCCCCUUGGUCCCACCUUCCUUCCCACUCUGGGAGCGCCACCUCUCCUGGGUCCACAGAG